GAUUGAUAUCGGUGUACUUGUUUUGGCAAAACAGGUGUAACUAUUAUGAAACGGAGUUGUAAAUAUAUGUAGCUAUAUAAGCACUAUGUUCUCAGUGACGUUUAUCUUAGAUAAGAUUUGAAAUGAGCGGUUUGCGUUGAUUUGUGUUUGUUUAAUUAUUCUCGACUAUUUUAUUAUAACGUCUGAUUGUUGCAGGGAUGAUCUUUACCGACUUUUGCAUACACAGUGGUUGGAGUAGUGUUCCGGAUCAGCAAUAUUAAAAAGCAAUUACAAAUGAGAUUAUAUGAAAUAAAAAAUUUUAAAAAUAAAUGAAAUAAUGCAGAGCCUUCACAAAAAGCAUUAUUGUGUCAUAUAUUUGUUAUCAAAUAUUACGUUAUCAAAGCGCGACAGAUGCCAUAUCAAAUUCUUGGUCAAACUAAAAUCUCAAUUCUCUCCCAACUCUCGCCCUAAAUGCCAAAAUUCCACAACACAGACGUGAACUCGGAAAACUUGGCAAAUUUCGAACUUUCGUUCGCCGUCGAAUUUUCGCGACGCGCGCGCGUGCAUGGCGCGCAAUUCGAGAAACUUCGGAAAGUUGCCUGCCCUCUGCUGCGCGCGAAGUUUCGAUCCUGUUCCGUCGCUCUCUCGGCGCGUCGUCGGCGUCUUAGUACAUACCGCAUUGUUGACGCGCUCAGCUGCACAUGUGUAAUUUCUCCGCUACGACGUCGAGACUGCAUCGACGAACGAACAUUAUCGAGACUUUCUGAGAGUAAAAACCAUGGCACCGAAUCUGGAAGUCGUCGUGGGAACGUACGAGCAAUUUCUGCUCGGUUACACCGUCGACGAUGUCGUUAACAAAUACAAAAUGGAGCAGAGUUUUGCAACGCACAGUCAUCUUGCGAGCAUAAGAAGCGUGGCCAGCAACAAGCACUAUUUGGCUUCUUCAGCUGCUGAUGACACUGUCUGCCUUUAUGACAUGAGAACAAGAAUGGAAAACGGCAAAUUGGUUCACCACAAUGACACUGUAAACAGCGUAGCCUUCACUCCAGAUGCAUCACACAUAAUCACUGCCAGCAGUGAUGGUACUAUAGGGAUUGUUCGUUGCGGCAACUGGCAAGUAGAGAAGCAUUGGCUGAAGCCACACAAGGGACUGGCAGUUGAUACCUUGGCUGUACAUCCAACUGGAAAGAUUGCUAUGACAACUGGACACGAUGGAGUAUUAAGAACCUGGAAUCUUGUCAAGGGUAGACAGGCCUAUGCUACCAACUUGGUACCUAGAUGGAAAUUGGAUGCAAAGAAUAUCAGUGUGCUCAAAUGGAGUCCAACUGGCAAUAGUUAUCUGCUGGCUGCCAAUAACAGAAUAGACGUUUAUUCAGUGGAAACUGCAGGUAUUAAAGAAGAAUUCAAUUUUGAUGCAAAAGUUGUUUGUGUUGAAUAUCUCAACGACGAAUACAUUGCUAUUGGACUGGCUGAUGGAAAGAUUAUCAUCCACAAUUGUGAAACUGGUGACCUCACUAAAGAAAUUCAAGCUCAUGAAGCAAGAGUAAAAUGUUUGGCUUCAGAAGGAGACAUGCUUGUUUCUGCUUCAAGCUCAGGCGAAAUAAAGCUUUGGUCAGUCAAAAGUAACGAGUUAAAAUUAUUAAGCUCCACCAAUUGCAGUGCUAGAAUUUCGUGCCUCACCCUGAAUUCGUGCGAAUAUUUGAAAAAGAAACAGGAUGAAAUCACUGUGUUAGACAAAGUUCCUGAAAAACCUUCAAACAAACUCAGACUGAAGCAGUGUGUAAUCAUUGAGGAAGAAGGUGGUGACGAGAAUAAAACUACUAGAAUGUCUAAAAAGAAACGUGACAAAAAGAAGGCUCGAAAAUUAUUGGAGGAAGCAGAGCAAGCUAAUGCAGAAGAUGAGAAUGUCAAAACAGUCCAGACAAAGAAAAUGAAAACUGAUUUACCGAAGAAACAGAAGCGAGACACAUCGGACUUGCCGUCUGAAAACCCGAAAAAGAAAAAGAAAUUGGAUUCUCCUAAUAAGAGAAAAUCUACGGACUCGGUUGAUGAUGAUAUCACGGAGGUCCCAGCAAAGAAAAAGAAGCAGAAAGGAAUCGCUGCAGAGAAAGCUAUUGCAGAUAAGAGUAAUCAAAUCAAUGCCAACAAAAAGAAGAGAAAAAUUCCUCUAGAAGAUACUGAGAACUCUCCAAAAAAGCCGAAGGCAGUAGUAGUUAAAGUGCAUAAAGGAGAACACGCGUUGGUGAAGAAGAAGAAAAAAAAGAAUUUUAAAAACAAAAUAAGUAGAUAAUAAAUUUUGCUGUACAUAAUAUUUAAAAAUUGACUUAUUUAUAGUUUAUUCGAUUUUAAUGCAUACAAGCACUGUAUUGUGCUUAUGUUUACUGAGAUUAAGAUUGAAAUGUAUCACUUUUGUAUCGAAAUAAUGUUACAAAACCUUUUAAGAAAUCUGUUAGCUUUUUUAUAAGUAAAGUUCGAAAUGAUCAGUUUAUCCAUCUGAGUAAUGAAUAGUAGUGACUCUGUGAUAUCGUAAUAUUUACUGCACGUUUCAAUAUAAAUAUAUAUAUAUACUUUAUAUA